GACCUCGCGUCUGUUCUCUCCUCACGCCGUGCUUUUAUUUUGACGUGACCGGAAAGGAACGUGAAUCACCUCGGUGAGUGAGAGGCGGCGGUCCCUUCAUUCUCCCACGCGUGUACACACACACACACACACACACCAGCAGCUGUGUGUCAUCUGGAGGAGGUGAGCCCCAGGCUCCAGACUGAGUGCUAGCCAUGUUGGGUCAGGGCCAGUCCACCACCAGCACGCUGCAGCUGGUCGCUGAAGACAUAAGCGGCAUCAUGGAGACGCUGGACGCCGGCGAGCUGGACACAAGCGACAGCAACUAUCACACCACCGACGCUGCUGUGCCAGAGUCGAGUCUGCCUUUCAUGGCCGUCUACAAAACCAUAGGCUUCAAGGAGAGCAAGGCCGCCGUCUUCCUGUCCUCGCCCAUCACCGCCAAGAUCCUGGAAGUGGAGCGCUUCACGUCAGCCCAGGACCGCUUCAACGUGAGCCAGCAGAGGAGCGUCAACAAGUCCAUGCCGACCGUAUAUAAGAUCGAGUUGAAGCACGGCGAGUUCACCUGGUUGGUGAAGAAGAAGGAGAAGCACUUCCAGGAUCUGCACCGAGACCUGAGGACCUACAAGGCCAUGAUGAGCCUGCCUCGGCUGACACGCGGUCACACCAUCAGGAGGCCGGCGAGGACGGAGAACGAGAGGGACAUUCCCAGCCUGCCCCGAGGCAGAGGAGAGGAGCUGGCCAGAGAGGAGCAAGUGUCCAGCCGAAAGAAACAACUGGAAGAUUACCUCAACAACCUCCUGCAGAUGCCCAUGUACCGACAGUACCACGGCAUGAUGGAGUUCAUUGACGUCAGCCAGCUGUCAUUCAUCCACGAUCUGGGCCCCAAAGGCUUAGAAGGAAUGGUGCUGAAGCGAUCCGGCGGCCAUCGAAUCCCCGGCUUGAACUGCUGCGGUCAGAGCAAGAUGUGUUACCGCUGGUCCAAACGCUGGCUGGUGGUGAAAGACUCCUUCCUGUUGUACAUGAAGACCGACUCGGGCGCCAUCUCCUUCGUGAUGCUCUUCGACAAGGAGUUUGGCAUCAAGAUGGACUCCAAGGACACGGAGACGCAGCACGGCGUGCGCGUGGACAGCCUCUCCAGGUCGCUGGUGCUGAAGUGCAGCAGCUACCGACACGCCCGCUGGUGGGGGCAGGCCAUCGAGGACUUUGUGCGCCGCCACGGCAGCGCCUUCCUCACCGACCACCGCUUCGGCUCCUUCGCCAGGCAGGAGGAGAACAUCCCCGCCAAAUGGUACGUGAAUGGCAAAACAUACAUGGAGGACGUGGCCAAUGCUUUGGAUGAGGCCAAGGAGGAAAUCUUCAUAACUGAUUGGUGGUUGAGUCCAGAGAUCUUCCUCAAGAGGCCCAUCGUGGAGGGAAACCGCUGGCGUUUGGACCACUUGCUGAGGCGUAAAGCGCAACAAGGAGUGCGGAUCUUUGUGAUGCUCUACAAGGAAGUGGAGCUGGCUCUGGGCAUCAACUCGGGCUACAGCAAGCGAACCCUCAUCCACCUUCACCCCAACAUCAAGGUGAUGCGUCACCCCGCCCACGUGUCCUCCGCCGUCUACCUGUGGGCGCAUCACGAGAAGAUCAUCGUCAUCGACCAAUCCGUGGCCUUCGUGGGCGGGAUCGACCUGGCGUACGGCCGCUGGGACGACCGAGAGCACCGGCUGACGGACGUGGGGAGUGUGACCUUCUCGCACCAGGAGCAGGUCGAGGCAUCCUCGACCAAUACGGCCGCCCAAGCCAACGGCAGCGGCGGCUACGGGAACGCCGCAUUCUCCGCGGAGGACUCGGUGGCGCAGCCGAGGAUAAAGGGUCAGGGGAGGAUAAGGAGGGCGAAGAUGAGCAUCAAGCGGCACCUGCAGAAACACGGUCUGGCCCACGCCGACAGCGACGACGAGCUGGACGACGACGACCGUGAGUGGCGCCGGAUCUCGUCCGUCAACGCCCGCCCGUGCGACCACGCUUACGGUGUUUUUUGCCGGCUCGCAGGAACGGAGGCGGAGCGGAACCUCCAGUCGGGCAUUGCCGAUUUGUCUGGAAACACUCGCUUCUGGCACGGGAAAGAUUACUGCAACUUUGUGUACAAGGACUGGAUUGAACUGGACAAACCUUUCGACGAUUUCAUAGACCGGCACACGACUCCCAGGAUGCCCUGGCACGACAUCGCCUCGGUGGUUCACGGCAAAGCCGCCCGCGACGUGGCCAGGCACUUCAUCCAGCGCUGGAACUUCACAAAGAUCGUGAAGCUCAAAUAUCGCUCCCUGGCCUUCCCGUAUCUGCUGCCCAAGACGCACACCACCGCCGGAGAGCAGCGCUACCAGGUCCCCGGGUGCACCACCGCUAAAGUUCAGAUCCUUCGCUCGGCGUGUGACUGGUCGGCGGGCAUCAAGUACCACGAAGAGUCCAUCCACAACGCCUACGUGUCCACCAUCGAGAACAGCCAGCAUUUCAUCUACAUCGAAAAUCAGUUCUUCAUCAGCUGCUCGGACAACAGACAUGUUUUCAACAAGAUCGGCGACGCCCUUGCCGAGCGCAUCAUCAAAGCGCACAGGGAGGGUAAAAAGUACCGCGUGUACGUGGUCACGCCUCUGCUGCCCGGCUUUGAAGGGGACAUCACCACAGGAGGAGGCAUCGCCAUCCAGGCCAUCAUGCACUUUAACUACAGGACCAUGAACCGAGGCGACCACUCCAUCAUCUCCCAGCUGAAGAGAGAGAUGGGGGACCAGUGGAUCAACUACAUCAGCAUCGCCGGCCUGAGGACGCACUCGGAGCUGGAGGGGAAGCUGAUCACUGAGCUCAUCUACGUGCACAGCAAGAUGCUCAUCGCCGACGACAACACCGUCAUCAUUGGCUCGGCCAACAUCAACGACCGCAGCAUGCUGGGGAAGCGGGACAGCGAGGUGGCCGUGAUCGUGGAGGACUCGGAGACGGUGACGUCCGUGAUGGACGGCCAGGAGUACCAAGCGGGACGCUUCGCUCUGCAGCUCCGCCUGGAGUGUUUCAGGAUGAUUCUGGGCGCGCACGCUGACACCACCAUCGACGUGUCGGACCCCAUCAGUGAUCAGUUCUACAAGGAGGUCUGGGUGACCACCUGCGCUCGUAACGCCACCAUCUACCAGAAGGUUUUCCGAUGUCUGCCGUCCAGCGACGUGCGGACCAUCUUGGAGCUGGACGGCUUCCUGGCCAAGCAGGGCCUGGACACGGAGGACCCGGUCCAAGCUCGGGAAGAGCUGACCAAGAUCCGCGGCUUCGUGGUUCAGUUCCCGCUGCAGUUCCUGUCCGAGCAGAGCCUUCUCCCUCCCAUCGGCACCAAAGAGCACAUGAUGCCCAUGGAGGUGUGGACCUGAGCCCGGGUGGGACUCGCAGGACUUGCUUCUUCACAACUUCAUCCAUUUUUUUUUUUUUUUUGGCCCUAACCUUAAAAUAAAAGCGUCCCUCUAACUCGUAUGGCCAAAAAAAAAAAAAAGAAAAGUGGAGAAGCUGAGCGACGUCACAUUUACGGUUGUCAUGGAGACGCAAGCAGCUUCUCAGCUGCAUUGUGGACGUUUUGAAGGCAGGAUGGAACUUCACCACACUACAAGCCCCACUUCCUUCUUCCUGGCCACGCCCCCUUCGCCCACGCCUGCUCCCACAUCAAGUCCAAAGUGCCAAACCCCGACAGAGAAACUUCAGUGCUCGUUGUGCGCGUUCCGGCCGACAACCGGAAGUGACGCGAUGUGUUCAGGUGUAGUCCGUGGAUUUGUGAAGCGCCGAAGGCAGCAUGUGUCCUCCGUGAUCGUGGCCUGCAUGUCCUCCGCUCUACCUCGCCGUGCUCAGACCUUCCUGGAUUCCCCCUCCGACGUCCUCUUAAAAGUUGCCUUGAGACCGCAAGCUGACCAGGAAGUGAGUUCUCUGCACGCCCCCCCCCUCCCAAGUCGCCAUUAAAAAUGCACUAUUUGCACAGAGCCCUGGUGUUGUGGUGGCGCCCCACUGUGCAUGUACUCCUGCAAAUAAACUAAUAUUGAGGUGAAGAAAGUGUGAUGUCGUUAUGGACGUUUGCCACCUUGCGUCCGUAACUCACACGAACCAAAUUAGCAUUGCGUGUGGUCUGCGAAUGACAGCGAUUCCGUGAAAAUUGCUGAAUCUUUUGCAAUUUGUUCAAUUAAUAAUGGAGACGUCUAAGAAGAAAGCUGUAGGUGGGAAGCGGUGUAUUACGGCCGCCUUUAGCAACACAAACACAGCCGGUGUUUCCUUGUUUACAUUCCCGAAAGCUGACGGUGAAGCUUUACUAUUGACAGCGAUUUUGCUGAGUUUGCUUUAAAGGCCUACUGAAAGCCACUACUACCGACCACGCAGUCUGAUAGUUUAUAUAUCAAUGAUGAAAUAUUAACAUUGUAACACAUGCCAAUACGGCCUUUUUAGUUUACUAAAUUGCAAUUUUAAAUUUCACGCGAAGUAUCCUGUUGAAAACGUCGCGAUGACGCGUGACGUCACGGAUUGUAGCGGACAUUUCGAUCCACGACGGAUCCCAGCUAUAAGUCGUCUGCUUUAAUCGCAUAAUUACACAGUAUUCUGGACUUCUGUGUUGCGGAAUCUUUUUCAAUUUGUUCAAUUAAUAAUGGAGACGUCAAAGAAGAAAGCUGUAGGUGGGAAGCGGUGUAUUGCGGCCGCCUUUAACAACACAAACACAGCCGGUGUUUCCUUGUUUACAUUCCCGAAAGCUGACGGUGAAGCUUAACUAUUGACAGCGAUUUCGCUAAGAUUGUUUUAAAGGCCUACUGAAAGCCACUACUAGCGACCACGCAGUCUGAUAGUUUAUAUAUCAAUGAUGAAAUAUUAACAUUGCAACACAUGCCAAUACGGCCUUUUUAGUUUACUAAAUUGCAAUUUUAAAUUUCGCGUUAAGUAUCCUGUUGAAAACGUCGCGGUACGAUGACGCGUGACGUCACGGAUUGUAGCGGACAUUUCGAUCCAGCACCGAUCCAAGCUAUAAGUCGUCUGCUUUAAUCGCAUAAUUACACAGUGUUCUGGACUUCUGUGUUGCUGAAUCUUUUGCAAUUUGUUCAAUGAAUAAUGGAGACGUCAAAGAAGAAAGAUGUAGGUGGGAAGCGGUGUAUUGCGGCCGCCUUUAGCAACACAAACACAGCUGGUUUUUCCUUGUUUACAUUCCCGAAAGCUGACGGUGAAGCUUUACUAUCGACAGCGAUUCCGCUAAGUUUUUUUAAAGGCCUACUGAAAGCCACUACUAGCGACCACACAGUCUGAUAGUUUAUACAUCAAUGAUGAAAUUUUAACAUUGCAACACAUGCCAAUACGGCCUUUUUAGUUUACUAAAUUGCAAUUUUAAAUUUCGCGUUAAGUAUCCUGUUGAAAACGUCGCGGUAUGAUGACGCGUGAUGUCACGGAUUGUAGCGGACAUUUCGAUCCAGCACCGAACCCGGCUCUAAGUCGUCUACUUUAAUCGCAUAAUUACACAGUAUUCUGGACAUCUGUGUUGCUGAAUCUUUUGCAAUUUGUUCAAUCAAUAAUGGAGACGUCAAAGAAGAAAGAUGUAGGUGGGAAGCGGUGUAUUGCGGCCGCCUUUAGCAACACAAACACAGCUGGUUUUUCCUUGUUUACAUUCCCGAAAGCUGACGGUGAAGCUUUACUAUGGAACAGAGCGGUCAAGCGAACAAUGUUCCCGACCACAUGUCAACCGGCAGGUUUCGGUGAGAAAAUGGUGGUAUCAAUCAAUCAAUCAAUGUUUAUUUAUAAAGCCCUAAAUCCCAAAUGUCUCGAAGGACUGCACAAACCAUUACGACUACGACAUCCUCGGAAGAACCCACAAAAGGGCAAGGAAAACUCACACCCAGUGGGCAGGGAGAAUUCACAUCCAGUGGGACGCCAGUGACAAUGCUGACUAUGAGAAACCUUGGAGAGGACCUCAGAUGUGGGCAACCCCCCCACCCCCUCUAGGGGACCGAAAGCAAUGGAUGUCGAGCGGGUCUAACAUGAUACUGUGAAAGUUCAAUCCAUAGUGGCUCCAACACAGCCGCGAGAGUUCAGUUCAAAGUGGAUCCAAGACAGCAGCGAGAGUCCCGUCCACAGGAAACCAUCCCAAGCGGAGUCGGGUCAGCAUCGUAGAGAUGUCCCCAACCGAUACACAGGUAUUACCGUAAUUAUAAGCGGAGAGCUUGCGUCGUUCCUCCUGCAGCUUCGGACUCUCUUGCCUCCUCCCACCGGCCGCCCCCGACUGUCGGAUGCUUACACCGUGGAGGAGGGGGAAAAAAAAAAUCUCAGCUAGGCUGCCUUGCCUCGUCGAGUAACGUGGUUACCUUUGGAGACAAUGGCGGUCGCCACACCCAUCCGACUUUCAGGUACAGCCAUAUAAUCUCACUAAAACACUAGUAACACAAUAAGCAGAUAAGGGAUUUUCCAGAAUUAUCCUAGUAAAUGUGUCUAAUAACAUCUGAA